ACCACGUAAGUAGCCACGCUUAUGCCUGCUCAUACAUCCUCACAUGAGGUCAUUCAUGGAUUCCUCUCCCUUCCGGCCUCACUAACAGGUGGCCUCCCUUACCACGACACGGCUAACAGUGACAUCGGUGGCUCCGCUGACGUGCAGGACCAAAGACCUUGCCAGCGCCCACAAAACUGCUCGGAAGAGAUCUAUGGGAUUAUGCUCAAGUGCUGCGCGGCCUUCCCAGGCGACCGACCAUCAUUCUCAACCCUCCAUCACGUCUUCCGAUCUCUCCACACCACGGCAAACGACGGGCAGUACAUCACUCUCAACAUUGUCCCCACUGAGCGCUUCGCUGCACAAUCCACAGAGAUUGCCCAUUUUCACUCGGCGAGCUACAGCUACAGCGAUGCUGGCGGACUCCCGUGUAUCACAGAGGAAGGAGAGGACGUUGAUAACGAGGAUGAGGAGGAGAGAGAAGAGGAGGGGGAUAAAAGAGACAGCAGCAACGACAGCACCUACAGCCACGACAGUGUGAAAUUCAGGAAACUCUCUGACAAAGAGGACUCCGAGGAGAGCCUCAUUGCUGCCGGAGUGACAACCAUCGAAUUUGUGUGA